GUUUAAUAACAAUAUCAUAUUAGAUAAUAAAAUGAAGAUUUGUACCUCUUAACGUCCUUCGCCGUGCCCAAAACUCACGCUAAAUCAAUGCCGCUCUAUACUCACCUACCAUUGGAUAAGAAACCACAGUUUGCACGGUGCCCCUGGAAGCCAUCAUGACGAUGACGGCAGAUUUUAGUCCUGCAAGGCUAUCAUGGCCCGCACGUAUAAAUUUAUGGAAGACGGGUAAUUGGCCUAGAGAAAAUAGAGUGGAACUUAAUUUCAGAAAGCGGCAGCAGGGUGAGCGAGGCAUUAAACUACGUAUUUUUAAUUCCUCCCCAAAUCCUUCGGCUGAUGACGCAGAUGGUUCAUUAAAUAUAACGGGAUCAAUCAUGGACUCCCGAAACAUUCGACGACGCCGAAACCCUCAGGCUUGUGGCACCUGUCGGGAACGACGGACGAAGUGUGAUGGUCAACGACCGAAGUGCUCCUUUUGCCGGGAGCGUGCAAAAGACUGCUCUUAUCCGGAGCUGCUAGGGAACCCUACUACACCCUUAGAGCAGGAGUUAUCUAGGAUUCGGGAUCAGAUAGAUCAGAUUAUUGCUGCCGUCGAGGCGGCGGUACCCAGACAGGGUGGCUCGCCACAAAGACAAUUUCCUGGUGACCACGGAGAGACCUUAGACAUGGUCCGAGGAUUCCCAUUUAUGACUAUCCGAAAUGAAGUGUUCAUGGCACUUUUAGGGUUAGACCGGACUUUCUCGUGCCGUGUCGAGCAGGUGGAACGGAGAAGAGACGCAGUUGCAUCUCCAACGUCCCAAAUCCCUAGACUGGUCAUUCCUCAUAAGCAUGCCUUUCACCUGUUAAAUAAAUUUGCCGAGCACAUCCAUGCCUGGUACCCAGUUCUCCACGGCGAUUUUCCUAUUGAGUUUGCCCAUGCCAUUACGAACGGCUUUCCAACAUCAUCGGAAUCCUGCCUCGCGCUUCUGGUUUUAGCUAUCGGAAGUUUAUUUGCAGACGGCGCUUUUUCACACCGACUAGAUAAGUCGGAUGAGAACUCAUAUAUCAAAGCAGCUUUGGGAAUGCUCCCUUGCAUAGUAACGGAUGGUGAUGGUAUCCGUGCCAUGCAGUGCCUUUUGCUCUUCAGUAUCUACUUCCUAUGCUGUGUCAAACCAUGCCAAGCCCACAACUUUGUGUCCUUAGCAUCUUAUCAUAUACAGGAUAGUCUGAGCAUCAAUUGCGAUUGGGAAAAAGAACAGCCAAGUAUUGUCGGAAAUUGCUACUGGGUUUCAUUGUUAAUUGAAAGUGAGAUACUGGUUCAACUGGAGCUGGAAAAUAGUGGCAUUUGGGACUUGAGUCCGAUCGCUCCGAUGCCGACCAGUCGCGGCAUUUGGGAAUUGCCAUUUGAUCUUUCAGCGGGGCAAUCACCGUCAUGCUCUACAUUUACUGGUGACAGGGAUGAUACAUUGACAAACGAGCCAUUGGCCGAUUUGUCAUACUUCGUAACUGAGAUUGCCAUGCGGAAGAUGCUCCGGAGGUGCAUUCUGUCGGUGAGAGAAGUUUCGGGGGGCAGUUUUGAGUAUGCACCCAUCGUUGCUGCCGAACUUGAUCGACAACUAGAAGAAUGGCACAAUUUUCUCCCUGAGAGAUUCCAAUUUCUCGGCAAAGAACUGGAAGCGACCUCCCCGGGCUCACCCCAGGUGCAAUUCCUGAGCACACAAUACCACGCGUUCAGAGCAUCAGUAUAUUGGCCUGCCGUCUACCAAGCGUCUUCGAGAGGGGAAGUAGACGAUACUCUGCUCCCUCAUUGCCUCCAAUUCUUUGAAAGCUACUCCGCUUUUAUUGGCAGUGCUGCGUGCGCCGUGCACAGCUGUAGGCUUAACCUCUGGACCUUGUGCACCAGGUACGUUCAACCAAGAUCAACGUUGAUUAGUACGCAGAGAAGGCCAAUCUAACGCAUUAUUAUACUCCACUCAUAGUAUAUUCACAAUUUCCAUGGCAGCCUUAGUGACAUCGAAAAUUACAUGCCUUAGCGCUUUGGUGUCAUCCGGUCUCUUGCCAUGCUUUCAAACAGCGGUCCGAGUCUUUCAGAGUGUGCGCCACACAAGUCCUUCUUUGGCUGAGUUUGCACUAAUUC